AGACUUGAUGUUACCAACCAGCUCGAGGACGUUUGUGUCUGGUUUCCAAGACGGAUAUGGAUGGUCUUGCUUUGCUGACUCUAAACGUUGUUUUUGGUGUUUAAAACGAGUUUUCCUCGAAAUAAACAAGGGGACAAGCCAGCUGGCCACUUUGUGCAUACGAACUGUCUUGUUAGCGUGUAGAUAGCGAUGCUUCAAGCUAUCCACCUAACGGUAGCUAGCUAAAUAGCUACAGUAGCAAGCAAACUAGUAAUGCUAGUUUUGAUUCUGUCUUUUUGCUAAUCUUAUUGACUAGCUAACAUUAACUAAAAUUCUUUGCCUCGCUUUAACGUUAGCUGACCAGUUGAUUUUAAAAUGAGCAAGCAGCUUACAUUUAUUGUUGAGCACCUGAAUUAAAGACCCCUUCAAGAAAAACUUUAACCUGAUCAGGUUUGACUCACUGGAGCCAAUGCAACUGCUGCAAAUUCUCAACGAUGUUCUUGCUGAAAUUGACACUAAGGGAAGACAAUGUAAACAAUGGCAAUGUAAACAACAACCUCAUAAUUUUGAUCAUGAGUUGGCCAAGUUGAUCUUAUGUCUCAAAUGUAAUGUUGAUGAUGACACCUACCCCAUUUGGAGCCCCACUACUAUUGUGUUUCCAAUUACCAGUCAGUCAUCUAAAGUGUGAGUGAGUUGUAAAUCAUAUUUUAUUCAUUUCAGCAAGCUAUUGAUAUCCGUGAAGAAAUGCCUGACCAAACAGCAAAGAGAAUGUUCACUUUGCUUGGGAUGUUGAAAUACAAACCACCUGGGAAUAUGUCUGAUCUGUAAGUAUUUUUGACGUACAACUUACGGGGUCAAAUCAGAUUUUAGCAGUACAACCAAUGACAUUGAGUAGAACUCUGAAAGAGUUUGCUUCUCACUGUCUUUCUUCAUACAGGAGCCGUUUUAGACAGGGCCUGGUGACAGGGAGUAAGCCUGUGAUUCACCCUAUCCUUCACUGGCUGCUGUAGAGGAUCACAGAGCUGAAGAAGAGAGCUUACCUGGCUCGCUUCCUGGUUAAGCUUGAGGUUCCUGCAGGACGAUGUCAUCACUGACACCUAUCACCAGGUUUGUUUAACACUGACUUCAAGGUGCAAGCAUAACAUCAUACAUGGGAUCAUGACUCCUCCUCUCGCUAGACUAGAGAGAUCACACUAUGAUGCCAUGAUUAAAACCAUUAUUUUAUUAUUUUUAAGGUCACUGUGGGUCAGAAAGAUGUGAUGGAAUGCAUAACUGAGACGUGAUGAAUCAUUGCAUAGUGUUUGAUCUUUUGUUUUUGUCGUAUGAAGAACUAGUGGAAGGAUUCAAGACCUACCAUAAGGAGUGUGAGCAAUUGAAGAGCUCUGGCUUUUCCACUGCAGAGAUCAGAAAGGUAAAAACUUUUACCUCUUAUCAAUAGGUGUCACAUGGAAUACGCUUAAGACAGUGCUACAACACAAUAUUUUCCCCAACCUCAGGACAUUGGUGCUAUGGAAGAGGAGAAAGACCAGCUGAUCAAGCGAGUGGAGCGGCUGAAGAAGAGGGUAAGGCAGGCAGUCUGUUUGAGGAAGCCCACCCUGUCAUAAUGCCUGAAACUCACAGGGACUCACAGAGGAAUGAAAACAUGACCUCUCAUACACGCCAACGGAUUCCUUGUGGUAAUGAGACUGGACAGGCAUCUGAGAGGCUCAAGGCUUCACCCUUUUACAGGGCAGAAGAGUAAUAGAGUGCUAUUUUAGUGGGUCAUACUUUAAGGCCAUGCCAGGAGAGGAAACUUGAGUUGUUGGUAGUGCCUCCCGGCUGUCAUGUGAGGCGAAACUCAAUCUCAGAUGCCGAAACAGUAUCACAGUUUCAUCUGUGUCCACCAGGUGGAGUCAGUGUCCAACCACCAGCGGAUGCUGGAACUGGCCAGACAACUACAUGUGGAAAAAGAGAGAAGAGUCUCUGGCUCAGCAGAAGCAAGAGCAGAAGCACCAAGUAAUGAUAUGUCAUGUCUUUUUCAGUAGCUUGUGUCCUGCUUUGUCCAACUUUCCAAUUUACAGGCUUUGUAACCCAUAUCAUCAACUUUGCUGCAUACAGAGUACAAAUAUGUGAUAUAUAUAUAUAUAUAGGUAAAAGUUGACAUAUUAUCAAAGAUUGCUGUCAAUUACAUAUUCCAAAUUCACUUACAAGUAGAUUGAUAAGCAUGAUGUUGGUUGAGACAUGAUGUUGGUUUCUUUUAAAAUGCUGAUAAGGUGUGUUGUCGUUUGGAUAUGUCCAGCUUUUACAGGCAGAGCAGAGACUGCAGAGAUCUCAGCAGCAGCUGAAGGACCUGCAGCAGGCAGCAUCAGAUGCCAAGCCAGAGAGUGAGGAGGCCUGUUCUGCAUCACCCUCCACGCCACAGCUGGUUGAAAAGGUUGAAAGGUCAAGGACACAGCAGAUUAGGCUGAAUCUCUGUUUAAUUAAUUCGCAUCUAUUAAGGCCCUGUAAUCAUCCUGAUCUUUGAAGUGCUCCAUUAGAGCUCACCAUAUAUGGAUUUGCCUAUUUUUUUGUCCUCGUCUAGUGGUGGCCUCUACAAUCACACAGGAGAUUUACACAUUUAUAGUUUCCAAAAUGACCAAAGUAAAGAAAGACAGACAUGAGACCUUUUGUGGGUGGCACAUCAACGAAGCAUUUGACAAUCCAAUGACUCAAAAUACCACAUAUCAAAACAUGUGACCCUCUUAUAAAGGUUUUCAGUCUGAAUACUUAUGUAAAUGUGAUAUUUCAGUUUUUUACUUGUAAUAAUUUAGCAAACAUUUCUAAACAGUUUUUUGCUUUGUCAUUAUGGGGUAUUGUGUGUAGAUUGAGGGAAAAAAAUCUAUUUAAUCCAUUUUAGAAUAAGGCUGUAAUGUAACAAUGUGGAAAAAGUCAAGGGGUCUGAAUACUUUCCGAAUGCACUAUAUGUUGAGGUUAUGCCCUUGAGUUGAUUAAAACAAUAUUUUUCAUACACUCUCUUGAUCUUGUCUAAUGUUAAUUAUUGUGAUGAGCAGGUGUGCUCAUCUCAAGUCUAGGAUGUGCAUAUUACCCCCCUUUCUUCUAUAAGCAGAUGUGCCUCAUUGUGUUUCAAAGACUUUCAGAAUGAUGUAGCCUGAUCAAAUGUCUAUGUCUCUGUUACUGUCUCAGGCUUAAUGAAGAGGCUUGAAGAGGAGAUCAAGUUCAACUCCUACAUGGUGUCUGACAAACUGCCCAAGGAGCUGGAGAGUAAGAGGCGGAUGGUGCAGUUCCUGCAGAAUGUGGUGUCCGAGCCGGACAUGGGCCAAGCUGAGCUUGGGGAACUGGAGGACAAGGUGAGCUAUCUACCUACCUGGGCAAUUAAGCUAUAGAGCCUUCACAGUUUGGUAAAUUUGGUUCAAGAAUGACUGACAAUAACCAAAAAGUUUACGUCUGACUGUUCCCCACUUUGUCCAGAUUCGAGAAAACAACAUCAAAAUAAACCACCUGAUUGAGAAAAGAAUGAUGCGAAACGACCCCAUGGAUGAUAAACUGUCUCUUUUCAGGCAACAGGUGAUUUGUUUCUCAUUUUCUCACAUUCUUUAAACAUAUAGUAGAGUUAUAUGACAUAACACCAGCAAUUACAUAGGAUGGUUAUGUCAAUUUCAGAAUGCCAUUCUCCGUCAUUGAUACUAAAUCCACAGGUCUUUGUCAGUUAUAUGAAUCUGUAACAGCUGGCUGUUUGUGUGUGGUUAAGCGUUUGCAGGCUCUUUGAACUUGUGAGGAUGAUUGAUGUUGUCUGAUGAAGGGAGGCGGCUUCAUUUAUCAUCAAAAUGAUUAUUCAGGUUAUCAUAUUGAUAUUUUAAUAUCUUUGUGUUUUGUUGUCUCUUUUGCUAUAGUGAGGCAUAUGAUAGAAGAUAAAUUGCUCUUGUUUGCUCACAUACUGUAUAAACCACCGCUCAACCUUUCCUAGCUGUGGUUUGUGGUAGACGCGCUGUUGCACCAACCUUACCUCCUUAACUAUUCUGGCUGUGGAUUUUGUGCGAAUUACAAUAAAUGGGUAUGCGUACAUCUACUGGCUGUAUCUGUAUUGACUGUAUAUUUAAUAAUAUGACUGGUGUGUGUCUUGCAGGCGUCCAUCAUAACGCGUAAGAAGGAGGCGUAGGCGGAGGAGCUGCAGGAGGCGCGGGAGGAGCUAGCUUCACUAGACGAGAGCUGAGCCAGAAGAACAGCCAGGCACGAGACCUGGACGGAGAUGAGGUCAUCCGGGGAGAUGAGGUAACGUUCCAGUAACUAACCACCUCUCACAGCUCAGUACUCUGGUCUGAACAUCAUCAUCCACACCAAUAGUAAUCCCCUUCCUCACCAGUGGAACAGGGUCAGAGCCUUUUUCGAUGGUGAGUGAUGUAUCGUCAUUUUGCAGCAAAAAGAGUGCUACCCCUAUAUACAAUCCACAGGUUGUAUCCUCCCCUUAAUUGGGGAGGACGGGCUCGUGGUAAUGGCUGGAGCGGAAUGAGUGGAAUUGUAUCAAACACAUUGUCACGAUCGUCAGGGAGAGACCAAGGCGCAGCGUGAUGAACAAACAUACUUUAAUUAGUUAAAGUGUAAAACCAAUACAAAACAAGAAACGACUCGUGAAGUCCACGGUGACAAUGACCGAACACGGAACAAAAACCCACAAACACAAAGGGAAAACAGACAGUUUAAAUAUGGCUCCCAAUCAGAGACAACCAGCCAACAGCUGACACUCGUUGCCUCUGAUUGGGAGUCACUCAGGCAAACAUAGAAAUAGACGAACUAGAACCCCCAACAUAGAAAUACACCACAUAGAACAAACACACCCUGGCUCAACAACUAGAGUCCCAUAGCCAGGGUGUGACAGUACCCCCCCCUAAAGGCGCGGACUGCGACCGCGCCUCAAAAAGAGCAAAACAGGGGAGGGCUGGGUGGGCAUACCUCCUCGGCGGCGGUUCUGGCUCCGGGCUUGCCCACCACCCUCCAACAAACCCCCCAUAGCGCCCCUGGUCCGGUCUGGCCCCGCUGGCUGGAGCUGGACUGGACGUAGCAGGAGCGGUUAGCUUCAACUCCGUAGUGGAGCCGUUGACCGGUACCUGGUUAGGCACCGGUGACCCAGGCACGGGUUGUGCCGGACAGACGACGCGCACCCCUGGCUUGGUGCGUGAGGCAGGAAAGGACCGGACCUGGCUGACGAUGCGCACCCCUGGCUUGGUGCGUGGAGCAGCAACGGGCCGGACCGGGCUGUCGAUACGCACCCCUGGCUUGGUGCGUGGAGCCGGAACGGGCCUCACCGGACUGACGACUCGCACCCCUGGCUUGGUGCGUGGAGCAGCAACGGGCUGGACCGGGCUGACGAUGCGCACCCCUGGCUUGGUGCGUGGAGCCGGAACGGGCCUCACCGGACUGACGACUCGCACCCCUGGCUUGGUGCGUGGAGCAGCGACGGGCCGGACCGGGCUGACGAUGCGCACCCCUGGCUUGGUGCGUGGAGCCGGAACGGGCCUCACCGGACUGACGACUCGCACCCCUGGCUUGGUGCGAGUAGCAGGAACGGGCUGGACCAGGCUGACGACUCGCACCCCUGGCUUGGUGCGAGUAGCAGGAACAGGCUGGACCAGGCUGACGACUCGCACCCCUGGCUUGGUGCGAGUGGCAGGAACGGGCUGGACCAGGCUGACGACUCGCACCCCUGGCUUGGUGCGAGUGGCAGGAACAGGCCGGGCCGGGCUGGCGACGCGCACCGUAGACUUGGUGCGAGUGGCAGGAACUGGCUGGGCCGGGCUGGCGACGCGCACCGUAGGGUUGGUGCGUGGAGCAGGGACAGGCCGGGCUGGGCUGGCGACGCACACCGUAGGCUUGGUGCGUGGAGCAGGGACAGGCCGGACUGGGCUGGCGACGCACACCGUAGGCUUGGUGCGUGGAGCAGGGACAGGCCGGACUGGGCUGGCGACGCACACCGUAGGCUUGGUGCGUGGAGCAGGGACAGGCCGGGCUGGGCUGGCGACGCACACCGUAGGCUUGGUGCGUGGAGCAGGGACAGGCCGGGCCGGGUUGGCGACGCGCACCGUACACUUAGUGCGGGAAGCAGGAACGGGCCGGGCCGGGCCGGCGACGCACACCGUAGGUUUGGUGCGAGGGGCAGGAACAGGCCGGGCCGGGCUGGCGACGCACACCGUAGGUUUGGUGCGAGGGACAGGAACAGGCCGGGCCGGGCUGGCGACGCACACCGUAGGCUUGGUGCGAGGUGCAGGAACAGGCCGGGCUGGGCUGGCGACGUGCACCGUACACUUAGUGCGGGAAGCAGGAACGGGCCGGGCCGGGCUGGCGACGCACACCGUAGGUUUGGUGCGAGGGGCAGGAACAGGCCGGGCCGGGCUGGCGACGCACACCGUAGGCUUGGUGCGAGGGGCAGGAACAGGCCGGGCUGGGCUGGCGACGUGCACCGUACACUUAGUGCGGGAAGCAGGAACGGGCCGGACCGGACUGGUGACGCACACCACUUGCUUGGUGUGAGGAGCGGGACUGGGUUUCAUCAUAACCCUCCGCUCCCUCAGCUGCCUACCGAGUUCCUCUCGCCGUGCCUCAUUUCUCACCCUUUCCCUUAUCGCCUCCAAUAGCUCCAUCCUCUGCAACACUAACUCCUGCUCCCUCUGGGCCAGUAGCCCCCUUAACCUGGUGGCCUCCUCACCUAAUCGCCCUGUGGCAGCCUCCUGCUGCCCAGUCGCCCCUGCCGUGUGCCCCCCCCUAAAUUUUUUUUGGGGUUGCCUCUCGACCGUCCGACGCUGACACUGCUUACGCCGUUGCUCCUCUCUCCGUCACCUCUCAACUGUCUCACUCCAUGGCCGGCGAUCCAUCCCGGCCAGGAUCUCCUCCCAGGUCCAGGAACCUCUCCCGUCCAAUAUCUCCUCCCAUGACCAGGCUGCCUGCUCCUGGACACGCUGCUUGGUCCUGGUAUGGUGGGUUUUUCUGUCACGAUCGUCAGGGAGAGACCAAUGCGCAGCGUGUUGAACGAACAUGGUGAACUUUAUUAUCUUUAGUGAUAAUCUACACAAUAAACAAAACAAGAAACGACUCGUGAAGUCCACGGUGACAAUGACCGAACACGGAACAAAAACCCACAAACACAAAGGGAAAACAGACAGUUUAAAUAUGGCUCCCAAUCAGAGACAACCAGCCAACAGCUGACACUCGUUGCCUCUGAUUGGGAGUCACAGGCAAACAUAGAAAUAGACGAACUAGAACCCCCAACAUCCAUGGUUUCUAUGUGUUUGAUGCCAUUCCAUUUACUCCGUUUCAGCCAUUAUUAUGAGCCGUCCUCCCCUCAGCAGCCUCCACUGAUACAAUCAGCUCAGUAUUCGCAUGUUACGUUGUACAAUUGCCCACCACUCAAAACUGUUUGCUGACGUCAAACUUUGUGGAUAAGAGUGAAGUGCGGUAGAGUUGUGCGCUGCACUGAACAUGAGAUGCUAUUUCUGCUCUUAUGUAAACAGAGAAGGGCUCACUGGCUAAAGCUACUUAUCCCUUUCCACUCACUCUCCCACAUUCCCAUGCAAGGUUAAAAAUAGACCACAACAUGGACUACCUAGAACCAGGACUGUAGAACAAACUGUCUGAAAUGUUAGCUGUUUUCUAAUCUCUUAUAAAUAAAUCUUCUAAAUUUAAUUCAGAAAACACAAACCAUUGCGGUGUAAAUCCUUCAACUAAAUGUAACUCGAUGGCUGAUAUUUUACCCCAAUCGAAACAAACUGACACAAACUUUGACGCCAUGUUCGGUUAGAUCUCUCUGAACCAUUGGCAGAGAGUGGACUCUCAAAUUUGAGUGCCUUUUUGACUCUGCAACACAGUGCCAGGAGCCAUCACUCCUGUGUGUCAACACACCCUGUGCCUGGAGAACGACCACUCUUCAAAUCUCAGACUAAGCCUGUUGCUGUUUGCAGAGGAACAUUUGCCAUAAGCAGCUCUACAGUAUAUAGUUGGUGGUCGCUGAUGGAUAGGGCACGUACUGCACCCAUAUGUUCAUGUCUGAGUGUUUUAUGAGCAGGAGUUCCACACGCAGUGAGAACAUCGCGCUGAGCGCUGGACAGUCUGGCGAGGCACAUAAGCUGCCUGUCUGAAAUAGCAGCCACUUUCUCCCUGCUCUCCCCAAUGCCCUUUUCAAUGUGGGUGGUUUCAUCUGCUCCUCUCGAUAAUGAGGGAGUGUGUUUUGAUGUGAAAGGAAACUCUAAACCUGAUUUCUCAGUAUGGUGAAACAGUAGGUAAGAACAAGGAGGAUUUCUGUGGUAAAUGGAAAGGACUUAUCAGUCUCUCCUGGGGUCAUGGUGGAAAUUAUCACCUUAUCAGUCUCUCCUGGGGUCAUGGUGGAAAUUAUCACCUUAUCAGAGGCACUUUCCAUUUCUGAACUUGCGUGUAAUCACGUCACCCGGCAGCUGCAGGAGGGCCUCUGUAUUAUGACCCUGUGUGCUCAUCCUCAGUUAGCUUGGUUUUAAACCCACUACUAACUAGUCCACCAUGUUUCUAGUGUUCCAUCAUCCAUUGCUUGGCUCUCUGUUCCCUUACACCCCAAAUUCCCCCAACAUAAAUAACAGAUGUGUUUGCUCAAUCUGGAAAGGUUAUUCACCCGGCCAAAAUGGAUUUUCACAUAUACUGUAGGCAACUGCUAUUUCUAAAUUUGCACAGUGCAUAUACUGUAUGUGCAUACAAUGUUUCAUUAUCUACUAUCCCACUGUGCUGCAUUUUCAACAACUAUCCUCCUGUCCUGAGUAUGUGUUUGUCAUGAUAAAUAGUUCAAGCCCUUCAAAGUGCUGGCUAAUUUAGUAGCAGUUGUUCUGGGGACAUAUUGUAUGUGAUGAGGGAAUGCUAUGCAGCAUUGUUCUGCCUGCUAAUUCCCUCUCAACCUUGUCUGCACUUGAUGUCCUGAAAUAAAACAAACCAUACGUUCUCGCGCACAAGCCGUGCAUGCCUUAAGUGACGUAACAUUCUGUGAUUUCUGGGGUUGUUCUCCAGAAUGAACAACGGCUAUAAAUGUUGACAUGCACAGGAGUCCCGUGUAGCUCAGUUUGUAGAGCAUGGCGUUUGCAACGCCAGGGUUGUGGGUUCGAUUCCCACAGGGGGCCAGUAUGAAAAAGAAAGAACAAAAAAAAUGUAUGCACUCACUAACUGUAAGUCGCUCUGGAUAAGAGCGUCUGCUAAAUGACAAAAAUGUAAAUGUCUCAUCGUACCCCUACAGAGAAAGGGGGAGGGCGGGUUGAGUGCCGCAUCCAGUUGGCCAACAUUUGGUGUGUUUGCCAGGGGUCAUGUCUGUCUUGGUAGGAAUUGGAGAGGAUGACCUUGCUUCAAGAUGUGGUUGUCCUUGUGUAUCUGGGAAGAAAGAGAACAUGUCAGUCUCAUUUUCAGACACAAAAAUAUGCAAUGUUAUUGUCAUUACUUUACAAUGUUAUUGUCAUUACUUUACAAUGUUAUUGUCAUUACUUUUGGUCAUCCCCUUUCUCGUAGCAUAUUUUUUCAUGACAGUCACUCUCGGUUCCUCUCAGUUCAAACGUUUUGUCGGGAAACUGCGCAGCAAGGGGACUGUGUUCAAGAAGAAGAGGCAGGAGAUUACCGAGCUGAGUACGGGGUCCUGCAGCGGACAGAGGAGAUCCUAAAACAGAGGCAUGAGGUCGGCCAACAGCAACUGGUAAUGCACUGCACCAGUCCCCUUUCACAGCAGGGCAGCUAUCGACCCUACCUGCUUUCCUCCAUACCGCAUAGAAGCCCCCUUAUAGUGGUACACGUGCCUUUCCAUCCUGCCCUUGUUCAUACAAAUUGCAUUGACCUUCGUUGGAAAUGACUUCACACCUCAGAAGCCUCUGACCUCCUGACUUGCUGAAAGCCUGGCUGAUCAGGGAGUGCUGGGCUGCUGCUAUUUGCGAAGGCUGCAUCUGUUUCUCUCUAUGACGCUGGUAUUUUUUUAUCAGUGGAUGCACCCCCCCCCCUUACCCGUUGUACCACGGCUGGUUGGUUGUUGGUGCCUGAGACCCCUCUCCUGUCGCCACCUGCAUUCCUGUUCCCAACCAUUACCCCUCCCACAUAAAACGAUGAACCAUUUGCUGCAACAAUGUUGGUUAUACAGUAUAAUCCAGAACAUGCUAGAAGCCCUGCCUGCCACUGUGAACUAUUCAUAUCAGAAACAAAUAUUAGAAUUCAUGUAGUUUCAUUAGGUCAUUCACAUUCAGUCUUUAUCAGUGUUUGAACAUAUUUGCAGGAGAGGGCUGGGGGCUACAUGGGAAGGAAAUUGUGUUUAUUUUCAUAGGUCACAGUUUUCUCACUCAUCAUAUACAAUAGACCGAACAUGCACACACUGCUACCUCAACCGCAUGUAACCUUCUCUUCUUCUUGGAGAACAAAGUGGCCUGUACUCCCAGGUGUCGAGCUGAGCCCUGCCUGUUUGUGUGGACACAACCCUUCACAGUGCUUAGAGCUGCAACACCGGACUAGGCUAUCUGUGAUUUAUCCUCCCAGACAGGGAGGGAGUAACUUAGUCACUGAGUCACAGCUAUAGACUUACAUUUGUCGACAUGGUGCAAACUAAUUAUAAACAAUUAAUUAGGUGAGCCAUUGUAUGUUAUUACAUGGAGGUUUACUCAUCUCAAAUUAUUAACUUGUAUUUACUGAUUACACUCAUUAAAAAUAUCCCAUUGCCUUGCAGCUCGUGUGGGUGUAGAUAGACUACAUUGCUCAAGUGCCAGGUGUUUGUGGUCCUCUGUAGCUCAGCUGGUAGAGCACGGCGCUUGUAAUGCCAAGGUAGUGGGUUCGAUCCCCGGGACCACCCAUACGCAAAAAUGUAUGCACGCAUGACUGUAAGUCGCUUUGGAUAAAAGCGUCUGCUAAAUGGCUUAUUAUUAUUAUUUCUAGUGAACUCUUGCCAGGUCCCUACACUGACAUUUGGUUUAGGAUGAUAAAACUGGACACAAUCUCAUUAUGUUAUGCUGCCAUAUUACAAGGCACAAGGAUCUCAUAUUUUGUGUAGUAACUGAUGACUGGAACUCCAUAUGGCCACAUUGUUGUCUGUGUAGCAAUCCAUGGAGACACAGAAGGGGAUCUCUGGGUACAGUGACACUCAGGAGGAACUGGAGAGGGUGUCGGCCAUCAAGAGUGAGCUGGACGAGAUGAAGGGACGCUCGCUGGACGACAUGUCUGAAAUGGUGACUAUACCAGGGGAUCGGAGCCAAUGUCUGAGUAGCAUGUCACUUUACCACAGGGACAGAUCUUUACCCACUCCAGACCACCCAUACUCAGGAUGAUGCUCAUUGCCUUCAAAUGCACUACCCCAACACAGCACAAUUUGUUUUACAAGAACGGUUCUUGUCUGACUAUGUGUUGUUGUUUUUUUACCCCCUUUUUCUCUCCAAUUUCGUGAUAUCCAAUUGCGAUCUUGUCUCAUCGCUGCAACUCCCCAACGGGCUCGGGAGUGGCGAAGGUCGAGUCAUGCGUCCUCUGAAACAUGACCCCCCAAACCGUGCUUCUUAACACCCGCCCGCUUAACCCGGAAGCCAGCCGCACCAAUGUGUCGGAGGAAACACCGUCCAACUGAUGACCGAAGUCAGCCUGCAGGCGCCCGGCCCACCACAAGGAGUCGCUAGAGAGCGAUGAGCCAAGUAAAGCCCCCCGGCCAAACCCUUCCCUAACAUGCAUGACGCUGGGGCCAAUUGUGCACCGCCCUAUGGGACUCCCGGUCACAGCCGGCUGUGACACAGCCUGGGCUCGAACCUGGGUCUGUAGCGACACCUCAAGCACUGCGAUGCAGUGCCUUAGACUUCUGCGCCACUCGGGAGGCCCUGACUAUGUGCUGUUUUGUUUGUGGCAUUGAUUUCUUCGCAUUGAUUUAGUGUCUUGAUACCUUUGAAAUACCCCUUGUGCAUACUUCAACUGUCCUUUUGUGCUUGUAUUCAGGGGAAAAGAAGAGUAGUUGCUGAGUUUUAAGCUAGGUUUGAUUACCAAAUCAACCAGUUUUAUCAAUCUGUCAUCCCAUUGCAAGAAUGUCCAAAUAGAACCAGUUGCAGCUGAUUAGACCCCAGUCCAAGAUGUUUUUGAAAUUCUUUAAAGCGUAGUCAGGGUUUGUGGUUAAAGCUGGCAGCUUUCACACUUAGCAGAUAGUAGACUGUGCCGCUCCCAAUGAUCAAGCAUCUCUGGCUGUAGCUAUAAACGUGGACUUUCACUCACCUCACAAUCUUCCAGAUUUCUCACAAUAGACCACAUCCACACACACACUGCUAUACACACACACUGCUAUACACACACACUUCUAUACACACACACUGGAGAACAAAGUGGCCUGAACUCCCAGGUGUUGAGCUGAGCCCUGCCUGUUUGGUGGACUCAACCCUUCACAGUGCUUAGAGCUGCAACACCUGCCCCUUUAAAGUAGACUUUCACUCACCUCACAAUCUUCCAAUCUCCUGGUUGGCCUUAGAUAGCCCUGCCUCUGCAUACACACCCUAUAAGGACCCUGCUUGUGUACAACACCAGUGACAUUAUGAUUAUCAGAUGUUAUUAUGGGUAUAGUUAGUCAUCUUAAACUGACAUUUCUGUGGAUUAUUUUGAAAUAUGUGAUACUGUUUUUCAGGUGAAGAAACUGAAUUCGACGAUAGUGGAGAAAAAGUCUGCCCUUGCGCCUAUCAUAUAGGAACUGAGGCCUUUGAGACAGCAGUGUCAGGUGAACGUCACACGCUGUAUAACUUUGUCAGCAGUUUCAUCUUCAAAUUGUGUCAUUACACAGAGCUGUGUCUAUAGAAUUAGCCACAUUUACAACCCCAGAUUAUUAUGCGAAACUAGAAGCUUAUCAAAGCAUGACAUGAGGUUUAACAAAGGGGAAAACCCUGAUGCCUCCACCAGCUGCUAUUCACUUUCAAGUUUCAAGUUUUUGUCACAUGCACAAGUACGGUGAAAUGCCUUUCUUGCAAGCUCCAAACCCAACAAUGCAGUCAUCAAUAUCAAUGUAGCGCAAAAAAUUACAUGAGGUAGAAUAAGGUUUACAGGAUUUUUGUGGAGUCCAUUAACGAUAGUUUACAUGUAGUCUAUAUGUAAAGUGUAUGAUGGGGAAAGCCCCUCGCAUCCAUCUGCUAAAGCAGGGGAUCAUAUUUUCCAACAUGUGUUCCCUAAAUUGGUACACCAUCAUACUGGCUAACAUUAACUAAUGAUGAAAAGCUGCGGCAGAAAUAUAUUAAUAGACUAAGCUAGAGCUAAGAUUAAGUAAAAUGGUGCUUUGAUCUGAUAGUGAUAUGAAAGGGGUUGGGGAAACUAACUUUUGCAUACAGUGCAUUCGGAAAGUAUUCAGACCCCUUGACUUUUUCCACAUUUUGUUACGUUACAGCCUUAUUCUAAAAUGAAUUAAAUUAAUGUUUUCCCUCAUCAAUCUACACACAAUACCCCAUAAUGACAAAGUGAAAACGGGUUUUUAGAUUUUUUUGCAAAUGUAUUAAAAAUAAAAAACAGAUACCUUAUUUACAUAAGUAUUUAGACCCUUUGCUAUAAGACUCGAAAUGGAGCUCUGGUGCAUCCUGUUUCCAUUGAUCAUCCUUGAUGUUUCUACAACUUGAUUUGGAGUCCACCUGUGGUAAAUUCAAUUGAUUGGACAUGAUUUGGAAAGGCACAAACCUGUCUAUAUAAGGUCCCACAGUUGACAGUGCAUCUAUAUAAGGUCCCCAAGAACACAGCGGCCUCCAUCAUUCUUAAAUGGAAGAAGUUUGGAAUCACCUACACUCUUCCUAGAGCUGGCUGCCCGGCUAAACUGAGCAAUCGGGGGAGAAGGGCCUUGGUCAGGGAGGUGACCAAGAACUCGAUGGUCACUCUGACAGAGCUCCAGAGUUCCUCUGUGGAGAUAGUUGUCCUUCUGGAAGGUUCUCCCAUCUCUGCAGCACUCCACCAAUCAGGCCUUUAUGGAAAAGUGGCCAGAUGGAAACCCUUCCUUAGUAAAAGGCGCGACAGCCCGCUUGGAGUUUGCCAAAAGGCACCUAAAGGACUCUCAGACCAUGAGAAACAAGAUUCUCUGGUCUGAAAACAUGAUUGAACUCUUUGGCCUGAAUGCCAAGCAUCAUGUCUGGAAGAAACCUGGCACCAUCCCUACGGUGAAGCAUGGUGGUGGCAGCAUCAUGCUGUGGGGAUGUAUUUCAGCAGCAGGGACUGAGACUAGUCAGGAUCAAGGGAAAGAUGAACGGAGCAAAGUACAGAGAGAUCCUUGAUGAAGACCUGCUCUAGAGUGCUCAGGACCUCAGACUGGGGCAACGGUUCACCUUCCAACAGGACAACGACCCUAAGCACACAGCCAAGACAACGCAGGAGUGGUUUAGGGACAAGUCUCUGAAUGUCCUUGAGUGGCCCAGCCAGAGCCCGGACUUGAACCCAAUCAAACAUCUCAGGAGAGACCUGAAAAUGGCUGUGCAGCGACGCUCCCCAUCCCCACAGAGCUUGAGAGGAUCUGCAGAGAAGAAUGGGAGAAACUCCCCAAAUACAGGUGUGCCAAGCUUGUACCGUCAUACCCAAGAAGACUCGAGGCUGUAAUCGCUGCCAAAGGUGCUUCAACAAAGUACUGAGUAAAGGGUCUGAAUACUUAUGUAAAUGUGAUAUUUCAGAUUGUAUUUUUUGUUUUUUAAAUUAGCAAACAUAUCUACAAAUCUGUUUUUGCAUUGUCAUUAUGGGGUAUUGUGUGUAGAUUGAUGAGGGAAAAACCCACAUGUAAUCAAUUUUAUAAUAAGGCUGUAACGUAACAAAAUGUGGAAAAAGUCAAGGGGUUUGAAUACUUUCCGAAUGCACUGUACAUAACAUACUAUAACAGUGAAUUGUCUUGUCAUUGUACUGUCUUUUUAAAAUGCUGUAGAAUAUGUGCAUGUAUGUGUAUUUCUCUGUUCAUGUAUCUGUGAAUGGGUUUUUCUUUCAUCACAGGAGCUAACUCAAGAGUAGGAGGAGAGGAAGGCCCAGUAUGACAGCUGUGCUGCAGGCCUGGAGAGUAACCGAUUCAAACUGGAGCAGGUACAAUAUGAAAUGCUGUGUGUAGACACCUGACGUAUCUAACACCCCCACAUAUCACCACGUAUGACAUUUUCUUUAUAUCAUUUGUUCACAUACACCACACAAUUUGAAUGUUCUCUCCAUGAGGAACAGUUCAGUUUCUUAUGGUCGAAUGUUUUCAUUCACCACCUCCCAUUGCAGGAGGUGAGAGCUCUGAGGGUGGAGAUGACUCGGCAGGAAAACCGAUACCACUACAUCAACUCCAGGGCGGCAGGUAGCUUAGUGGGUAAGAGCGUUGUGCCAGUAACCGAAAGGUCGCUGGUUCUAAUCCCCGAGCCGACUGGCUGAAAAAUCUGUCGAUGUGCCCUUAAGCAAGGCACUUAACCCUAAUUGCUCCUGUAAGUCGCUCUGGAUAAGAGCGUCUGCUAAAUGUGUAAAAUGUAAAUGUAAUCAACUGCAUGAUAGAGGUAAGGGGCUCAAGUAGCAAACAACCUCUUCCCCAACACCUGUUCUGUACUGUGACAGUAAACCAGAGCUCUCGUUCUUCUUGCUCUCUCUCUCUCUAUCCCCAUCUCUCUCUCUUUCUCCCCAUCUCUCUCUGUUCUUCACAGAUCAUUUGAGUUGCAAAUGCAGCGAGCAGCAGAAGAGAUGAAGGCCUACGUGUCCCCUGAUCCGCAAGAGAGGAGGAAGACCAUCAGGUGAGCACGCUGAGCUGAGUCUGCCAGCUGCUUAGGACUUCUAUUACCGUAGUCACCUCCAUAUGCUCCUAUUACAACACUUGUGCAUCUGCUACUGUUGCCACACACCUCCCCAAAUACCUCCCUCAAAGGAUACACUUACAGCAGUCCGUUAGUAGAUUCACCCUCAGGUCUUUUAUAUACUAUAGCUAUGCAUUUCCAAGUGUGUCCAGAAGUAUUGCUUUGCUAAAAGAAAAAUAUGUAAAUAAAAUACUGGUUUAACCUCUACGGGAUCGGUUGAGCUAACGUGCGCUAAUGUGAUUAGCUUGACUGUUGUAAGUAAUGGUAAGCUUUCCAGGACAUAGACAUGUCUUAUAUGGGCAGAAAGCUUAAAUUCUUGUUAAUCUAACUGCACUGUCCAAUUUACAGUAGCUAUUACAGUGAAAACAUACCAUGCUAUCGUUUGAGGAGAGUGCACAACAACAAAAAACGUAUCACGGCAACUGGUUUGAUACAUUCACCUCUGAAUAUGCAUAUCCUUGUUUCAGGUCCUGAGCUACAGGCAGUUAGAUUUGGGUAUGUCAUUUUAGGCGAGAAUUGAAAAAAAGGGUCCGAUCCUUAAGAGGUUAAUAAAAUAUGUUAUGGAUGUUUGCUAUUUUGUGUUAUUCAACUAACAGGUAGUAUUUCCUUUGUAAAACUCACAGUAAUGUUAUAAUGGCAGCAUUGAGCUUGCGAAAGUUAAUAGGCUCACAUGAACUCUGACCCUCUGGCUGUUUCACAGGGAGCAGUACAUGAAGAACAUUGCAGAGCAGGAGUCCCUGGGCAAGGUGAGCAGGGAGGUGCUUUGUCAGGAUGCAGGCACAGUGCCAAUGGAAUCUGAAAUGGAUCCCCUGCAAACACAGAGGCCAUACUUUAGGUUCCUUCCUUCCUCACCCUGAUAAGAAUGUGGCCAGAGAGGAGAAAGUGUAUGGCAGAGGGGGCCCAUCUGCAUUCCUGCUAAACCAUUUGGCCCAGUAGACGAGCUGUAAUGUAGACGUGCUGCUGCAGCACACCAGCAUAGGUGCAGCUUGUAUAACACGCAGCAGUGAUACAUUACUCCCGUGUCCUCAGUUAGUCUCGUGUAGCUCAGUUGGUAGAGCAUGGCGCUUGCAACGCCAGGGUUGUGGGUUCGUUUCCCACGGGGGACCAGUAUGAAAAUGUAUGCACUCACUAACUGUAAGUGGCUCUGGAUAAGAGCGUCUGCUAAAUGACUAAAAUGUAAAAAUUUAAAUGUCUGUCCACUCAUCACUGUGGAGCAGCUGUAGGGUUGCAUGCUGAUUUCUCUCUACGCUAGUCCUCAGUGCAUCAACAGUCAUCUAUAUUUCCCCCCUGACACAUUCGUGACAAGCUACUUCUUUAUUAGGGUUUCCCAUCUAUGGUUAUAGGCUUGAUGCUAAUGCACUUGGUAAUAUUUGGCUGGUCAAGCUUCCAGUCAAUGAAUACAAGGAUGUCAUGACCACCCUUCCAUUCAGUGUUUGAUACAAAACCAUAUGCUGACACUUGGAAAGAAAAGGCAUUCAAAUGAAAAUGGCUGUUUAACUAUGCUGUUAUCAUACACUGUUUGAUGUCAAAAUGAGCCUGUUGUGAUGAUGUAAUAAUUAUUCCUCUUUCCCUUUGGACAACAACAGAAGUUGCGUGAGCAGCAGAAGGCGGUGAGGGAGAGCCACUGGCCCAACAUGAAGCAGGUGAAGAUGUGGCUCGACCUGGAGCAGCUGAUGGCGUGCAAGUGUGGGUGCUUCCUGAGGGCCCAGAGCCAGGCCUCCAUUGGUCAGGUCAUCCAGGAGGGUGGUGUGGAUAGACUGGUGCUGUGAGAACGAGGAGACCGUCAACGCAGGGCCAACUCUGGUACACUACGCUCUACCACAAUGAGCAGGACUUUUCACUACUGUAAUUAGUUCUCCAGUUAUAGUUCAUUAGUCUGUUCAUGUAAUCAAAACUUCUCUGCUUUCAUCGCCUAAAGAUGAAAAGGAUUCCAUUUAACCAAUCUGUGUUAAUCCUGGUUUAGUUAGCUAGUUGUGUUCUCUGUGAAUAAUCCCAAAGUAGGAUUUAGUUCCAUUAAACA